AUGAAUAGUGCAGCACUUUCUCUCGCUGCUAGUAUGUUUGAAAGUGCGCUUGACAAUGAACAAAGUUUGUCAGAUACGAAUAGUGAAUUGUACAUACUUGGUAUAAAAUACACAACACCAAAUGAUGCUUGCGCGAUUAGUGAUGAUAUACUUAGUCGAUAUUGGUUUACUUAUCGAACAAAUUUUGCUCCCAUCGGUGGUCCCAGUGGUCCGACAAAAGACACUGGAUGGGGUUGUAUGAUGAGAUGUGGACAAAUGAUGCUAGCCGAAGCAUAUCUUCGUUUUUUUCUUCCAGCUGGACGAUAUUUUCGUUGGCAUCCAAAUUCAACAGAUAAAUCAUAUUGGGAAAUAUUAAACAUGUUCAUUGACAGAAAACAUGCGUCCUAUUCUAUACAUCAAAUCGCACAAAUGGGUACAUCAGAAGGAAAAGAAAUUGGUCAGUGGUUUGGUCCAAACACAAUUGCACAAGUUCUGAAACGUUUAGCAUCAAAUGAAUUUGACAAACAAGUGACUAUACACGUUGCAAUGAACAACAUACUUAUUAUUGAAGAUGUUUUAAAAUUAUGCCGUCUCAAUUCAAAACAACAAUCACAGUCGGCUGUUGUAUAUAGUAAUGAGAAUUCCAAACAACAAUCAACAAACUGGAGACCACUCAUACUGAUUAUUCCGUUAAGAUUAGGUUUGAACGAUGUCAACAUAGAAUAUAUUGAUCAACUAAAAAUUUGUCUCAGAAUACCUCAGACUAUCGGAUGUAUUGGUGGAAAGCCCAAUCAUGCAUAUUAUUUUGUGGGCUAUUUAGAUCCAUCUGAAUUACUCUAUCUUGAUCCACAUGUUACUCAGUCUUUUGUUGAUACUACUGUACAAACAGACGAUAUGACAUAUCAUUGUGAUCGUAUUAAUCGUAUGAAAUUUUCUGGACUUGAUCCAUCGUUGGCUUUGGGUUUCGCAUGUAAAACAGAAGCAGAGUUUGAGGAUCUUAUUGAGAAAUUAAGAAAAAAUUUAAGUGAGACAACGAAACACCCAAUGUUUGAAAUAUGCGAUUUAAAUCCAUUUGAUUCGCAUCCUCAAACGAUUCCAGAUAAUGAGGGCAUAUGUGUCAUUGGUGACUUUCGUAACAAUUCACCAAAUGCCAUAGCAUUAGAAGCUGUUGACAUGUGGAUCAAAUGUGGAGUAGAAAAAGGCUACGUAAAUCCAACAUAUUACAUACUAACACAUUUACAAUCUCAAUUACCUCGAUACACAGAAUGGUAA